CCGACCCAGAAGGCCCCGCCCCCGUCCGCUCUGCCUGUGCCGCGAGACCGCGAGGCUCCGCCCCGGCCCUCCGCGCGCCCAGGCCCCUUGCGUCCCCUCAGGGCCCCCGAGUUGGCUUCUGCGGUCGCCAUGACGGCGGCCGUGUUCUUCGGCUGCGCCUUCAUUGCCUUCGGGCCGGCACUCGCACUCUACGUCUUCACCAUCGCCACCGAGCCGCUGCGUAUCAUCUUCCUCAUCGCCGGAGCUUUCUUCUGGUUGGUGUCUCUGCUGAUUUCAUCACUUUUUUGGUUCCUAGCAAGACUCAUUACUGACAACAGAGAUGGACCAACACAAAAAUAUCUGCUGAUCUUUGGGGUGUUGCUCUCCAUCUUUAUCCAAGAAAUGUUCCGGUUUGGAUAUUAUAGACUUCUAAAGAAAGCCAGUGAGGGUUUGAAGACCAUAAAUCCAGAUGAGACAGCACCCUCUAUGCGUUUGCUGGCCUAUGUUUCUGGCUUGGGCUUUGGAAUCAUGAGUGGAGUAUUUUCCUUUGUGAAUACCUUGUCUAACUCCUUGGGGCCAGGCACAGUGGGAAUUCAUGGAGAUUCCCCUCAGUUCUUCCUCAAUUCAGCUUUCAUGACGCUGGUUAUCAUACUGCUGCACGUGUUCUGGGGCAUUGUGUUUUUUGAUGCCUGUGAGAAGAAGAAGUGGUACAUCCUCCUCAUUGUUCUCCUAACCCAUCUGCUGGUGUCUGCCCAGACCUUCCUAAAUCCUCAUUAUGGAAUAAAUCUGGUGUCAGCGUAUAUAACCAUGGUGGUCAUGGGUAUCUGGGCAUUUUUUGUUGCUGGAGGGAGCUGCCGAAGCCUGAAACUAUGUCUGCUCUGCCAAGACAAGGACUUUCUUCUUUACAACCAGCGCUCCAGAUAACCUCCGACAAUCAGCACCUCCUAAACAACAGGCUGCAUCUGUAGAGGAAGCACAACUGUGCCUUUUUCUUAAAAAAAAAAUCCCUUUUUUUCUGGUGGAAUUUAGAUAAAGCGAAACUAGAUAGGAAUUUCAUUCACAUGGAUUUCAAGCAACAGGUCUCUGAAAGGAAUGCAUCAUAGUGGUCGGCAUCUUGGAUGCACAUGAGAGUCACCUGGGGUUCCAUAGAGAAUUCUGGUUCUGGGCUCCUCCAGAUUUAGUUAGCCUGGACAUUGAGUAAUUUUUGAAAGCUUCGAGGUGAUUCCGAUAUGGAGCCACUGAAAUGCAAAUGGGAACUCCCUGAGAAAACCCUAAGUGGAUGAGAGUCUGAUGUUUGGCUCCUAACUUAACUUGUGCUAAGCAGGUAAAUGUCUGAAUGUCACAUCCUAGUUAGCCCUUGCCUUUAUAGUCUGAGGUCACAGAAGCCUAAAGGGCUCUCACCUCUGUGGACUGUUUCCAUGGACUUCACUAGGAUCAUCUCAGAGAAAAAUGGUGGGCUGUGCUUGUCAAUGCAAUAAUAAAUUAUGCUGACUUAUUGUGAUAAUUUACCCAAAGUAAGAUUUGAUUUAUAAGUUACAUUUUCCUAAGUUCUUCCAUCCUAGGUUUUGCUUUUUGAGGCAUUACAUUUUUUUUUAGUAUAAAUUCAGUUUAAGAUUAUUUUUUGAUUUUCAUGAGAUAGUAUAAAAUCAACAAUUGUGUGCAAAGUCUUGAGUCUUUCCUCAGCUUAAAGCUGCAUCGCUUUCCAUCUGAGCACUAGGUGCUGGGCUGGGUGAAGUGAAGCCCAUUGUUUUAUCUGUGAGCAGCUUGGUAGGGAGCUGAGUCAUGUGCCCUGGGACAAGCUUCACUGAAAGCAUGAGGAAAACAUGCCAAAGGGUGAUGUUCAGACACUUUUCAUUUGCUCUUAUGAUGUUGAGUAGCACUUUCACCCAAAUGGUAUUGCAUCAUGCUAUCACCUAACCCUUAAAAUCUUUAGAUCUACUGGUAGUAGGUAUCUCUGGGUUUUGGUAGCAAUCAUACAACAUUCCCUUUAUAACAAUACUCAAGGUGUUUGUUCACCUUCUAAACAAUUAUUUUUGUUCCUUUUAUAAAGAAGAACUGCUAAUGAAUUGUGAGUUUAUUAACUGGAAAUUGUUCCCAAGUAAUGUCUUUGGGGAGUUAGUAGUGUGAAAUUGAAAUUAUGUGUACAUUAAAGUGAUACCCAUAUGUGUAGUAGAACAACCAAAAGAAAUAGGGCCAGCAGUGAGUGCUCAGAAAUGGCAUGACAGAUGGAUGAGUUUGAUAGGACUGUGAUAGGGAGGAACGAUGGGAAUAUUUGAAACAAAAGUGCAGCCAGUUUUGAGCUAACCAUGUGUCAUUCCAGAGACCAGAACCUUGCACAUGAACUAGAUUUUUAUUAAUAAAACCUCCUUAUGUUUAAAAUAGGGUAUCUCAAUCCCUAUUCAAGAGGAAUAGGUCUUUUAACAAGGCUGUACAUAGUCUGAUAAGUAGUUGUAGUAAUUCCCCUAAAGGUUACUUCAGCACUAAUACCAGUGCUUCUACUGGAGCUGGUAGCUUUCCAGCUUUAUGCAGGAUUUUCCUUGGACUGGAAGAGUGAAGGACAUAAAGACCGAAUAGAGAAACUUCCUGUGCAGAGUUAAAAGAGAUGAGAUGCCCAUAGAACUGGGAUUCAGUCUUAGCAGAACAUGGUAUUCUUUGGUGAAUAGAGUAAGAAAAAUACAUACUUGGUUAUUAUAUUGACUUACAAAUCUCAAGUAGAUACUCUGACAAAAUACUUGCCAAUCUGCAUAGAAAAUCUGAAAAUUUUAUUAAUUAUACUUGAACUCAGAGCAAGUUCCCUGUAUACUAAUAGCUUAAUAUUAAAUAGCUGGCAUAUUGGAAGGCAGCUAUGCUAACCACUAUACCACCAAUGCCUCUCCUAGCUGGCAUAUUGUAUAAUCUCAUUUAAUAAAACUCCAGGUAAGAAGAAAAUUUUCCUUGGUGAGACUGUUAUCUUAGUUCAGGAAAUUAUUUAAUAAUCCUUGUUAUCUAUAAAAAGGGAAUGCUGUAACCCUGAUUUCUCUUGGAAUGUAUUGCCAUAGUUGACACAGCCGACUUUGCAAAUAGCUUGCUUUGCCCUCCUACCAAGGAAGCCUAGAAGGAAGGUAUGAUUUUCUUCUGUUGCUAUAUGUAUAUUGAAGUGCUGUGUGUUUUGUUUUGUUUUAUUGGGGGGUUUUUGCAUUUGUUAUCUAUAGUGAGCUUUUUUUGAGCCUUAAUAAUUGGACAGGUUAAGUAGGAGGAUAAGUAUGUUCUCCUCCUCACAGGACUUUCUCAGUUUGGAAGGAAAUGUGGACAUAGUUAAAAGUUGACCUUAGAGUUGUGACUGUUGUUGCAGUGCUUGGAUAUGAUGUCAUGUGAAUAAUAUUGAUUGUGUUGCUCUCAUAUUAAUAUAAGCUGUGUUUAUUUUUAAUUCAUUUGAAUUAGUCAUCAUAACUGGAAAUGUCUUGUUACCUCAGUCCUGGCCUGACAGUAUAGUAGCAGCAGCCACUUUUAGAGCAUAUUGAUAAAAACAUGGCUGAAAGGAAAUAAUGAUGAUAUCUGUAGACUAUGUAGAAAAUGGCAUUUGUUCCCAGUGUUUUUUUUCUUUUCAAGUACAUUUCAGUGUUUGCUGAGCAUGGCAGAUUCUACACCAGAAAUGCUAGGUGAUCUUAUCCAUACAGUGGAUGCAACAUAAGUAGUUGUGGCAGAAGAUUCUGCACCUGAUACUGUUCCCAGUCACUUCAGCAGUCAGUAUGGGCCCCAGAAUGACACUGGAGCCUUGUUGACCAGCCACCCAGGGUGGCAGGGAGCCUGUGGGGGCAUCAGCAGCCAGCUUCCUGUGAAGAGCUCUUUGAGGGCUGGCUUUUUGUUAGCUAAGUUUCUUCUAGGCCCCACCAUUCUGAACUGCAGGUGGACAAGGUAGAUGUCACACCAGACUUUUUAAAAAUGCUUUGGUUACAGCAUUUUAUUUAUAGCUCUGAUAUUUAUAUUUCUCAUUUAAUAAGGGGCUUUAUCCUAGUAAAGUAUAGUGUUUAAAAGAGAUGUCUCUAUGUAAAAAUGCAAAAUUUUACAUGUUAUGCUAUUAUGUCCUAUAUACUUACCGUAUCAGAUAUCACAUUCAACACAAAACUCACUGGACUCCUUCCAGACCUGUAUUUUUCAGUGAACAAUAAAAAGAUCGUUUGAAACUA